AUGAACUUCAUUGUAUUUCUUGUGCAUCUGCUAUUCCUCCACUUGGGAGUUACUGCUAUGCCCCAGGAGCCAGGAGCCUGGGGAAAUGGCCCACAGAAUGUGGCUUACUGGGGCCAGGAUGGCCACGUCCGCGACCUGGCCAGUUACUGCAACUCCAACUCUGGACUUGAUAUCAUUGUUCUAUCCUUCCUGUACGAGUAUGGUAACGGAAAGACCAUUGCUUCCGGCACCAUCGGUACCCAAUGCUACAUCUCCCCCAGUGGCGACCCUCAAAACUGUGGAGGUCUAGCCUCCGCCAUCGAAACCUGCAAACGAAAUGGAAUCAAAGUCAUUUUGUCACUUGGUGGUGCUUCCGGGGCAUACGCUUUAUCUUCUCAAGCAGAGGCAGAGGCUAUUGGUCAACAUUUGUGGGAGGCAUACGGCAACACAGGCGGCUCCAACACCCCGAGGCCUUUCGGCUCAACAUUUGUCAACGGAUGGGACUUCGAUAUCGAGGCCUGGACGGGAAACAACUACUACCCAUACCUCAUUGCCAAGCUGCGCUCCAACUUUGCCUCUGAUUCCUCCAACCGGUACUACAUCACUGGCGCUCCGCAAUGUCCCAUCCCUGAGCCCUUCAUGCAAGUGAUCAUCCAGAACUCAGUCUUCGACUACCUCUGGGUUCAGUUUUACAACAACCCAUACUGUUCGAAUGGAGGGUACAUCAACUUUGACGCGUGGGUUAACAACAUCGCUGGAACGCCGUCUGCAAACGCCAAAAUCUUCCUCGGGGUUCCAGCCGCACCCCUCGCCUCUACUGGUACCAUGUCUGGCGCACGUUACUAUCUCGACCCUAACGCUUUGGCUUCGCUUGUGAAUCAACACAGGGACAAUUAUGCUUUUGAAGGCGUGAUGAUAUGGUCUGCUGGGUGGUCGGACACUAACGUCAACAACGGCUGCACUUAUGCUCAGCAGGCUAAGCAUAUCUUGACCACUGAGGAGAAAGCUCCCUUAUUCGAGAACAUCACUGGCCGGAUAGGAAAGGGGCUGUUCCGUGUCCUCGGUGCACCCGUUGGAUUAAGCCGGGUCCCUGGCCAAAGACUUGGCCGGAUUGCCAAAAGCUUAGGGCUGUCUUCCUCUGCGACAGGCAAAGGCAUCAUCGACAAGAUCAAUGAAGCCAAGAAUCUCCAGCCUUUGCCUCCCAACGAAGUCGCAUCUGGACCAGUGAAAGAGUACAAGCUGUUUGGCGAUGAGAUUGAUCUGACCACCCUCCCAACACCAUUGCUGCACCAACAUGAUGGCGGGAAGUUUAUCGAGACCUUCGGCAUGCAUAUUGUGCAGAAGCCCGAUGGAACCUGGACCAACUGGUCAAUCACUCGAGCUAUGGUUCAUGGCAAGCAAACCCUGGUUGGACCUAUCAUUCCAAAGCAAGAUAUCGGUGUGAUCUUCCAGGAGUGGAAAGAUCUCGGAAAGGAUAUGCCAUGGGCACUUUGUUUUGGUGUCCCACCUGCGGCGAUCAUGGUGGGUGGUAUGCCGAUCCCCAAGGGGGAGGAUGAGGCUGGAUACAUCGGCGCUCUGAUUGGCAAGCCCAUUGACGUGGUUAAAUGCGAAACCAACAAUCUUCUCGUUCCUGCCAAUGCGGAGAUUGUGAUGGAGGGCUUCGCUUCGAUAUCCGAGACCGCACCUGAAGGCCCGAUGAUGGAGUAUCAUGGCCUGGUGUAUCCGGGACGCGCCAAGGAGUGUCCUAUUUUCAAAGUCAACGCCAUCACCUACCGUGAAGAUCCAAUCUUGCCAAUCUGCAUCACUGGAAGGGCCACCGAAGAGAGUCACACUGUGUGGGCGGUGAUGAUUGCAGCUGAAGUGCUGAAUAUUUGCCAGAAUGCUGGCCUGCCGAUCCAGAUGGUCUGGUGUCCCUUCGAGUCACAUGCUCACUGGCUUGCCAUUCAAGUCGACCGCAAGGAAUUGCUGAAGCUGAAAACUGAUAUGAAUGAGUUCUGUGUCAAGUUGGGCCACAUUGUAUUCGGCUCAAAGCCUGGGUGGUACAUACCGAAGGUGUUCCUGGUUGGUGAGGACAUUGACCCCACUGACCUCCGGGACCUCCUUUGGGCAGAAGCCACUCGCUGUGAGCCCGGGACUAGCGAGUUCCUCUUCGACGAGUACGGCAAUAUCCCCCUGAUUCCUUGCCCACGGUACAAAGCCGGCUCGCAACAACAAGAAAGUGGUGAAAUGCUGUAUGCUCCCGUGUGA